GACCAGGACCAUCUGACAGCAGGGUGAUACAUCUAUUUUUUUUUUUUUUUUCACAUCUUAGUUUCACACACUUGCUGUGUGACUUUGGAGGAAUUUUGGAGACCCAGAUGGCUUCUCCCACCAGAGCUUCACAUAUACUCAGGAUACUUUGUAUGUCAACGUAUAAAAGAGCCACGCUCGAUGAGGAAGACCUGGUGGACUCCACCGGUGACGAAAUCUAUCCGUCAUCACCCUUGCAGGUGACUCUGCUCCGUGGCCGUGGUCCCACAUGCUGUGCAGACAGGACUCAAAGAGAGAAGAGGGUGCUGUUUUUAAUGUGUGUCGUGUCUGUGGGCCUGUUCAUAUCUCUUAUCACAACUGGAGUCUUCUAUAAACAGACUCACCCUGGCUUGUGCCUUACAGAGCCAUGUAUUACUGUGGCCAGUGCGGUAAUGGGAGCCCUGGACCGAUCCAUAGACCCCUGCCAUGACUUCUACAGCUUUGCCUGUGGGGGCUGGGUGAAGAACAACCCCCUCCCUGAGGGCAAGUCCCGCUGGGGACCUUUCAGCAACCUCUGGGAGCACAACAUGCUUGUAAUGAAGCAUUUAUUAGAAAACACGACGAUGAAAGGUCUGAGUAAGGCUGAGGAAAAGGCCCAGCGAUAUUAUCAGGCCUGCAUGAAUGAGGCCAAGAUUGAGGAAUUAGGAGCUAAGCCACUACAGGAGCUAAUCAGCCAGAUAGGAGGAUGGGCCCUAACCGGACCCUGGGACAAGAACAACUUCCAGGAAGUUUUGCGAACAGUGUCAGCCAGCUAUCGCACCUCACCUUUCUUCACCGUGUUUGUCAGCACCGACUCCAAAAACUCCAACAGUAACAUCAUCCAGGUGGAUCAGUCCAGCCUUGGACUACCUUCACGGGAUUACUACCUCAACAAAACAGCAAAUGAAAAGUAUCUGACAGCAUACCUCAACUUCCUAACGGAGUUAGGGGUUCUUCUGGGCGGCUCCAAGGAGAUGUCUCGAUCGAUGAUGGAAGAGAUCGUGGACUUUGAAACCACUCUGGCCAACAUCACGAUCCCUCAGGAGGAGAGAAGGGACGAAGAGCUUAUCUACCAUAAGAUGGAGGCCAAGGACCUGAAAACUCUGGCUCCUGCAGUGGACUGGAUGCCAUACCUCACCCAAGUGUUUAAUCCUGUGCCGCUCAACGAGUCGGAACCCGUGGUUGUUUAUGCCAAGGAAUACCUCCAGAAAGUGUCUGACCUUAUAACUAAAACAAAUAAAAGCCUGCUCAACAAUUACAUGAUAAUGAAGGUGGUGAGGAAGAUGGUUUCCAUCUUGGACCAAAGGUUCCAGGAUGCCGAGCAGCGCUUCCUCGAGGUCAUGUAUGGAACCAAAAAGAGCUGCACUCCACGCUGGAAGCUGUGUGUCAGCGACACCGACAGCGCCCUGGGCUUUGCUCUUGGAGCCAUGUUUGUCAAAGCCACCUUUGCUGAGGACAGCAAGGCCAUUGCUGAAGAUAUGGUUGCAGAAAUUAAAUGGGCUUUUGAGGACGGCCUGAAGCAUGUGAGCUGGAUGGACUCGGAAACAAAAAAAGCAGCAAAAGAAAAGGCAGAUGCAAUAUACAACAUGGUCGGGUAUCCAGAGUUCAUCAUGAACGGCACAAAGCUGGACAAAGUGUUUAAUGAUUUUGAGGUGGUGUCACAGCUCUACUUCCAAAAUGUCAUGCAGUAUUACAACUUCUCAGCCAGAGUGACAGCGGACCAGCUGAGGAAAACCCCCAAUAGAAACCAGUGGAGCAUGACCCCGCCAACUGUGAAUGCAUAUUACAACCCAACCAAGAAUGAGAUGGUUCUGCCAGCGGGAAUACUUCAGGCUCCCUUCUAUAGUCGAUCCUGGCCCAAAGCUCUUAACUUUGGUGGUAUAGGUGUAGUCAUGGGACAUGAGCUGACACAUGCUUUUGAUGACCAAGGGAGGGAAUACGACAAGGAUGGAAACCUGCGUCCUUGGUGGAAGAACUCGUCCGUGGAGGCCUUCAAGAAGCAGACUCAGUGCAUGGUGGAGCAGUACGGAAAUUACAGCAUCAACCAGGAGCCUCUGAAUGGAAGACACACCCUGGGAGAGAAUAUUGCUGACAACGGUGGACUCAAAGCUGCCUACAAGGCUUAUGUGAACUGGAUCAAAAAGAACGGUGAGGAGGCCACACUGCCUGCCCUGGGAAUGACAAACCAUCAGCUGUUUUUUGUCGGGUUUGCCCAGGUAUGGUGCUCUGUCAGGACAGCUGAGAGCUCACACGAGGGCGUAAUCACAGAUCCUCACAGUCCAUCAAGAUUCAGAGUCAUCGGCACCAUCUCCAAUUCACAUGAAUUCUCAAAGCACUUUGGCUGCAAAGCAGAUGCUCCCAUGAACCCUAAACAUAAGUGUGAGCUUUGGUGAUGCCUCAUUGCUUGUUGCUGUUUAUCAGCCAGGAGUGAAAUGAACGUUGGGGAAAAUAUCAAGAGAUGGUGACAAGUCUCUCUGGACAAAGAACGCAAGAACCACUGAAACGCCCAGCACCUUACCACUUAAUGUUUAUCAGGCUCCUUAUCAGGACAGAAUGUGCCGGCUCUGUAUGGAGAAUUGUAAACCUCAGUGCUUCUCCACAAGGACUGUUGCUUUAGCAAACAGCUUUCCCCAAACUCUGAUGUUAGAUGUAGCUAUAAAAGUGCUUUCAGAACACUGGAAACCCAAAAAAAUGGUUACAGAAAAUUUCAGGAACCACUCUCAAAUGACUUGUUUGUCAGAGUGAUAAAUAAGCAAAGUUAUGUUUCUUUUUCUUGUAACUAUGUGCUUGGAUCUGCUCCAGUUUAUUUUUUUUAUUGUAUUUUAUUUAUGGUCACAAAUUUUUUAUAUGACAGUGAACCAUGGACCUGAAAGAGUUUUUAACCUGAUGGAAGAUGAAAAUCUGGUUCACAUGUGGACAGUUUUAAAGCUGUUUCUUAAGAAUUGGUAUAAAUAUGUUUUAAUACUACAGCUACAGUUUGUCUUUGAAUUAUUGCAAUAUUUUGGACAUUUGUCAGGUCAAAGUUACAUUUUAUAGAGAUACUGACAUGAUAUUUGUGUUUAAAAACAAAAUAAUUUGGGACCUAGUGUCAUGACAGCAGCGUUCCAAGAUUGGCAUUUAAUUUCUGUAACAUAAGCUCAAUACAAACCAAAAACAGAAGGAAAGAAUUCAGAAAUUCACAGCAUUAAAGUAAACACAGCUGGGGUUUUUUUUCCCAGAACUUGGUCACGUAGGUUAAGCCAUGAUGUGUCAUACCUAUUUUUAUGAGUAAGAGUUUGUCACAUUAUUUUGUAUAAUAAAAUCAGUCUUAAAACCU